CCUCUGAUCUGUCUGCGCUUAUCGUCUGCAGCCUUCACUUUGACAUUUGGAGCAUGUGUGAAUGAGGCGGCGGCGCGCGGAGCAGCCUUCCCUGGAACAUCGGGGGUAGGCGAAGUGACACAGCAAUUCCCCUGAUGUAUUUUAAUUUUCAGUUUUUGCUGUGAGGAACUGUCUAAUGUAGGUUCAAUCACCAUGACAUCGGUUUGGAAGAGACUUCAGCGCGCUGGCAAAAGAGCGUCGAAGUUUCAGUUUGCCGCGUCCUUUCAAGAGCUCACCGUAGAGUGCACUAAGAAAUGGCAGCCAGACAAACUGCGAGUGGUUUGGACCAGACGAAACAGACGCAUCUGCAGCAAGCUUCAUGGCUGGCAACCAGGUAUCAAGAACCCAUACAGGGGGACUGUGGUUUGGCAGGUUCCUGAGAGCGUGGACAUCAGCGUCACUCUUUUUAAGGAUCCAAAUGCAGAUGAAUUUGAGGACAAAGACUGGACUUUCAUCAUAGAAAAUGAAACAAAGGGCCACCGAAAAGUUUUAGCAUCAGUGGAUGUGAACAUGAAGAAGUACGCAAGCGCGACCCCAGCUCAGUUUGACCUGACGCUUACACUAAAGCCUCUGUCUGUGAAAGUGCUGGAUGCCACGCUUAAACUCACUCUGUCCUGUGUCUUCCUGAAGGAGGGCAAAGCUACUGAUGAGGACAUGCAAAGUCUGGCCAGUCUGAUGAGUUUGAAGCAGUCUGACAUUGGAAACCUGGAUGACUUCAAUGACAGCGAUGAGGAGGAAGACAAAAGAUUGAGUGCAGCAGUGAAAAUGGCCACAGCAGUAAUAGCUCCUCUUCCUCCAGCUAGGAGAAUACAUGACAAGGCCUGGAGACCUGCUGUAGACACAGGUCCCUCUGACACAGCUCAUUCUGAACCAGAGCAGAUGAGCUGUUCCUUCAUUACACCUAAUGUUCCUCUCCAGUACCGCCCCUUGUCAUACACCGCCCUUGACCCUUCUGCCCCGCCCCUCUCCACUUCCUAUAUCCAACCCUCCCGUACUGCCAGCAGCGUCCCGCAGACACGUCCCUCCCCGUACGCCUUCACUGUACCUGCAUUUGCGCGUGCUCAUCCACCCGCCCUGCCCAAAAUCUUCCAGCCGCCAACUGGCUCAGUGGCUGUAUCUGUCACUCAAAGGCCAUCUGGAGGUCUUGCUAGGGCUGAGUUAUUGGAGAGCAGUCGCUCUGCUGAAGGCAGUGCAGUUCCUCCCCAAAGACCUUUUUCUUUUCUUCCUGGGAUUAGCACACCCUUUUCUUCUUCCUCUGCUCAAUCCUCCUUGUCCCCUCAGCAGGCUCCUCUACCUGAUACAACCCAGAAAGCCGCCCAUUCUGCCACUCGUAGCAAGACCUGGAGACCUCACAGUUUUCCCUCUUCACACUCUUCCCCUUCUGAUUUUGACCCCUCCUCCUUCGAGUUUGGCUUCUCCCCUCAGGGCUCAAUGACUGCACCACGCCCCUCAAAAAUGUAUCGCGCCUCAUUGGCUGAACCAGGCUCCGCCCUUACAAAGCCUACGAGUAUGCCCUCUGCCACUGAGACAGCAUCUUGGCAAAAAGAGUGGAGGUCUCCUAAGCUGCACCCUACUCUCUGUCCUGCUCCCCUCACCUCUCCAGAACAUAUUAACCAGCAGCGUCAUCCGGCCUCUAUUACCUCCUCUCCUCCUGCACAAACCCCUCCUCAAAUGUAUGUCCCCCUUCCUGCAAUGUCUUCAUCCCAUGUGCUUCCUCAACCAAUGAGCUCCUCUACCAUUACUCCCAAUCCUGUUGUUACAUCUCCCAGUGUGGCUCCUUUCUAUGGGAAGCCUAGCGAUGCGACAGUGUCUACUUCUUGCUCCCAAACCCCGUCAGCUGCCGUCCUUUCUCCUGCUCCAACAUCACUGGUUUCUCCCUCCAUUGCUCCUGCUGCUUCAUUUAGUUCUCCAUCCACCUUUUAUCCAUGUGUUUCUACUCUCCUGUCAUCUCCUCCUCUCGUUGUUUCUGAUGCUCCUCUAAGUUCCACUCCUGAUGUUGGUCCUGUGGUCACUGCAUCUGUUGUUGCAGAGUCAGAGCCUCUCCCAGAGGUCCAGACGUCCGAAUGGAGACAUCAGGUUGUCCCCACAGUGGUUAGACCUAAUGUGCGCAGACCAGUAGCCCCUCUUCCUGUAAAUGCCCCUACCUCUCCUUUGUCUUCCUCUCCUUUCACACUUCCUUCACCUUCUUCCACCCACAUUUAUGCCCAAACAUCCACUGUAGCCCCUGUUAUUGCCCCUGUUUCAGUGCCUUCCACUGACUCACUCACAGAGAAACACAGACAGUUAAGUGUAUUAGCAGAGGAGGAAUGUCCCAAUACACUGUCUUCUGCUGAUGAAGAUGCAGAUGUUCAUCAAAACCAUGAACCUCACCCUCGCAGAGCCGGAGUCAUCAAUAUAGCCAACCAAAAACCAAACAGCAGUAUGGACAAGCAGCGGCCUGUUUUUGGACUUGAGGUUGUGCGGCCUGCAAAAGGACCAGAGAGUAUGACCUCUCUGCUGCCCACUGACCAAAAGUCACCUUCUGUCACUGAUGUCACAUAUUUUGAGCUGCCAAAAUCUGACCUGUCUGAUACAGAUAGAGUACCCACCCACGCAUCCCCCAAAACUGCUGCAGAACCUGCUGCGACCCCUACAUUCGCCGCCCCAUUAACUGAGGUCCAGAUCAAUCAGUCAGAGAAUUUACAGAGCUCUGCUGAGCUGGCCAUUUUACACUCAGCUGCACAUGAGCAGACAGAAGAUGAGACGAUUCCUCAUAAAGACAAGACAGAGCCCUUUCAAAGUAGUGUUCAACAAGCAGAAAUACAAGCGCAAGAGGCCAGCCCAGAAUCUGUGCCACAGAUGCUCUCAAAUACAGAAAUGUCCCAGUCAGAUCACAUUAAUGAAGGCACCAAAAGCAUGGCCGCUUUGCUGCCCUCUUGCCCAAAAGAGUCCCAUUCUCCUUGGUCACCAUCCACAUUAGUUGAAAAUCAAAUAGGAGACUUGUUUGUAGGCCAACUACCUAGGGUGAACCAGGAAGUCAGCGUUCUCCCUGUUUGUAAGAACACACAUGAAGGAGAAGAGCCCAAUGUUGACAGUUCUUCAUCUGUUCCCAGCAUGAUACAUCUUCUUCAAGCCUGUCCAAAAAUUGCUUUUGCAUCUGGGAUGCCAUCUAUAACCUUUCAAGACACAAGGUGGUCUUUGGACGAGUCUGUGAAGGUACUAAAAGAGUACAUUCAAAAGGAGAAACCAGAAGAACUUAUUCAAGAAAUGGAUUGCUCAUUGUAUAACGAAAACACUGUGGAAAAUAUGGUGUCUUUACAGUUAACUUGUCCAAGAACUGCCAGCAUCCCAGGAUUCCCAUCUUUGCCAUUCUCUAUAGUCAGUCUCCUUCCAUUAUGUCCAGAUGUUACUGUAGUUCCAGGUUUACAUUCAAGAUGCCCAAUCAUUUGCACAGAUGAAACCUGGCCUAAAGAAAACUUAGUAUUUUAUUUUAGAAAAAACAAGCGACAGAUUUUGCCAAUACCCUCAACAAAGAUAGAUUUUGAAUCUGCAAGAAAGAUGGUUGCAUUGAAGUCAGCUUGCUCAGCAGCACCCAGGACUCCAGGAUUUCCAUCUGCUCCAAAACCAGUUGCACCAAGUAUGAUCAAGAUUUCACCAUGCUGUCCAAAAGUGUCCUGCAUUGCUGGAUUUGCAUCUGCAAAAGAAUUUGACGAUCACAAUAUCUUCCAACAGUGGCCAUCCAAUAGUCAAUCAUCUUUGAUAAUACCACAGAGGAACCAGUCUAGUUCGCCUCAAGUUGUAGACAUACUUAGAGAGGACCAGUUAACAGAGAUGGUGAACUUAGUACCAUCCUGCCCAAGAAAAGCAAAGACUCCUGGUUUCCCAUCUGCUCCGAAACAAAAACAAGACAUUGCAUUCUGUAUGACAAAACUCCUACCUCUAUGUCCAACAACCUCUUGUGUCAUUGGAAUAUCAGCUAUAGAAGUUCUUACAAGCACAUCAGAUACACUUAACAAAUGGCUAAAGGACAUUAAACCAUUUUGGACAAAGACGCUAACAUCUCAGCCAUGUAAUUUAAUCUGUGCAUGUCCAGCUCAGUAUGAAGUUACAGAAAAUGAUAUGUUGUCUUUAAUACCAUCGUGCCCAAGAAAAGCAAGGACACCUGGAUUUCCUUCUGCUCCGUGGCUCAUCCCUGAAAUGCAAAUAAUGUCUGGUACUCUAUCAGCAUGCCCGCAGACAGCUAAAACGCCAGGCUUUCCCUCUUUAGUCCAAAGCAAAGCUGAUAAGUCUUUGGUAAAUAAUUGGCUUUUUAAGGAGAAAGCUUUUUGCACAAGGUGUCCGCCAAUGUACACAUCUCACAAGUUAGACAUUGCUUAUCAGGACGAAGAGAGUUCUAAAGGAAUGUAUGCUAUUUUGCCAAGUUGUCCAGUGAAAGCAAGUGUCCCUGGUUUUCCAUCUGCGCCAAAGCCCAAAUUAAUGGUUUAUCUUUUCCAUUCCUGCCCAGCAGCGUCAAAUAUACCUGGGAUGCUAUCGAACACAAUAUCUGAAGUGAACUUACAGUGGCCUGUAAAUGAAACACCACUAUGGGUUAAACAAUUAAGCAGAAAGUGUCAGCCCAUACAUGCUGUUCAACCUCAGUACAAAGAAAUAAAGGAUGAAGCUUUCAUUAGCGAUAUGGUAGCUUUGCGCCCAACUUGUGCAAUCAAUGCUAAAUUGCCUGGCUUUCCAUCUGCUCCGAGAAAAGAAACUGAGGACAAAGCACCAGAUAUGGUCUCCCUUGUGCCAUCUUGUCCACAUUUUACAAAGCUAUUAGGCAUGCCAUCUGUUGACUUGGGAAAUGAAGUAACAGAUUCAAGUGCAUGGCCUCUGGAUGCAGAGCAACUGUAUAAGAGGACCUCAAGUUAUGAGUCUGGUUUAGUGUGUUCUUCCUUAAUAAAACUGAAUCAAACAUAUGACGACCAUCUGAAUUUCCACAUUGAAGACAUGGCUAUGAUGAUGCCAUCCUGUGCAAAGCAGUCCAAUGUUCCUGGCUUUCCAUCCACAUAUUUAGAAUCUCCACAUAUGCUUUAUAAUGCAUAUAAUAGCCAAGUGUCACCAGAUGCUGGCCAUAAACAAGAAAUGUCAACUGUGCUUGGUCAAGCAGGUGCUGAGAUAGACACAUCCACUGUAAAGAUUUCUGACAGUAGUUUUGCAUUAGAAAAGACCAAGGAGAAUGUGAACUUUUGGGCAAGGUGUGAGGAAGGACAAAAGGGAAUUCUGGAGAGGGGGAAAAUGCAUUGCAGAAUGUGGCACUCCAUACCAGACAUGCCACUAUUACUGACUGUUCAGGAGAGAUGUCAAAACAUAAGUACUCAGAUUCCAUCGUAUGAGCCUUACAGAGACAAUUCUCUGAUUGAAAACGAAGAAGUGGAUCAAAGUGUAUUAUGGGCAUCGCAAGACAGACCAAAACAGUUUGCUGGCGGUUUUAAGAAAGAAGAAGAGACUACAGAAGAUCCCAAUAGUCUGGUCCCUUUAACAGAAGAUCGGCCCGUAGGACUGCAACAAGAGUGUUUCCCAAACAUGGUUGAUCUUCUUCCAUCAUGCCCGCUGUUCUCAAGAGUUUUUGGAUGUCCAUCAACAGCACUGUCUAGCAUAUGCAAAACAGAUGUAAUCAUCUGGCCUACUAAUUUAAGCAUAAUUUGGAAUGAGCCACGUGAAUCAUCAAAAAACAUUUUGUUAAUGCCAAACUUGGAAAAAUCCCCCUAUGCGACAAAUAUGGUGUCCCUGACAUGCACAUGUCCGAAUGAAUCAAGAAUUCCUGGAUUUCCAUCUGCAAAGAGACCCAGAGAGGCCCCAUGUAUGUCUUUUCCAGAAACAUCCAUUGUUGUUGACACAUCUUCACAGACCCCAGUUCCAGAGGAAAAGCAUCACGAGGAGUGGUUGAGCAUGGAAACAUCAUUACUGGAAGAACGUCCAAAACCAAAGCCAAUUUUGCAUAUCGAAAGUCCAGCUGAGUAUUCAGAGACUCUUGUAAUGAUAGAGGCCACAGUUUCAUCUUCAAAACUUAUUCCUGAUUUCACAUCUGCACCAAAGAGUGAAGAAAUACUUCAGUCAUGUGAAGUAUUAAGUCUUCAAGAGUCUAUAAUUGCUGAGUCAGAAUUGAAGGAUGAUUCUAAGCCUGCAAAUGAGAUAUUUACCUUUGUAUCUGAGAACGCUGCACAAAUGCCAGAUUCUAUUCCUGAAACCCAAGUUGAGUAUUCAGAGACCCCUGUAAUGAUGGAGGCCACAGUUCCAUCUUCAAAACUUAUUCCUGAUUUCACAUCUGCACCAAAAAGUGAAGAAAUACUUAAAUCAUAUGAGGAAUUAAGUCUUCAAGAGUCUACAAUUGCUGAGUCAGAAUUAAAGGAUGAUUCCAAGCCUGCAAAUGAGAUAUUUACCUUUGUAUCUGAGAACGCUGCACAAAUGCCAGAUUCUAUUCCUGAAACCCAAGUUGAGCGUUCAGUGACACCUGUAAUGAUGGAGGCCACAGUUCCAUCUUCAAAACUUAUUCCUGAUUUCGCAUCUACACCAAAAAGUGAAGAAAUACUUAAAUCAUAUGAGGAAUUAAGUCUUCAAGAGUCUACAAUUGCUGAGUCAGAAUUAAAGGAUGAUUCCAAGCCUGCAAAUGAGAUAUUUACCUUUGUAUCUGAGAACGCUGCACAAAUGCCAGAUUCUAUUCCUGAAACCCCAGUUGAGUAUUCAGAGACCCCUGUAAUGAUGGAGGCCACAGUUCUAUCUUCAAAACUUAUUCCUGAUUUUGCAUCUGCACUAAAGAGUGAAGAAAUAUUUAUUGAAUCAUGUGAAGAAUUAAGUCUUCAAGAGUCUACAAUUGCUGUGUCAGAACUGAGGGAUGUUGCCAAUCCUCCAAAUGAGAUAUUAACCUUUGUAUCUGCAAACGCUCUACAGAUGCCAGAUUCUGUCCCUGAAACCCCAUUUGAGUAUUCAGAGACCCCUGUAACGAUGGAGGCCACAGUUUCAUCUUUAAAACUUAUUCCUGAUUUCACAUCUGCAAAGAGUGAAGAACUACUUCAAUCAUGUGAGGUAUUAAGUCUUCACAAGUCUACAAUUGUUGAGUCAGAACUGAGGGAAGAUUCCAAGACUGCAAAUGAGAUAUUAACCUUUGUAUCUGAGAACACUGCACAAAUGCCAGAUUUUAUCCCUGAAACCCAAGAAGAGCCAAAUAUGUUAGAGCUCCUUCCAUCCUGUCCGGUGCUUUCUAGAAUCCCUGGAUGUCCUUCUCUAAGGGUCUUUGAAGGCAUGGAGUGCAUUAGUGAUCAAACAGUAAUCUAUUGCAAUCUAUUCAAAGGUAGACAGACUAGUAUUUUUGACCCCAUUAAAGAUGAAAUAGACUCAAAGAUCAUAGCUCUGGUACCAACGUGCCCAAAAGCGUCAUGUAUUCCAGGCUUUCCAUCUAGACCAUAUCGUAAAUCACAGAUUGAGCCGAACAUGCAAAACAUUUGUCCUUCUUGCCCAAAGAUUUCACGUAUAGCUGGUUGUCCCAGCAUCCAGACCCCUACAAUGUCCAACUGGCCUUUGAGUACAGUCAUUUUGUGGUCAAAUCCAUUAAAGAAACCCCUUGUUGUUUUGGACACAGACAAGAUAUGCAAAGAAAACACUCAUAGAAUGAUUGCUUUGGCACCUACAUGUCCAUCAGUGGUCUGUGUUCCAGGUUUUCCAGUUGUGCCCGAACCGACAAUGCUGCGCAUGCUUCCCACUUGCCCAGAGAAGUCUAAUGUUAUUGGCUUUUCUUCUAAAAGAGAUCAUUUGGAUUGGUGUGUUGACAAGAAAACAUUGCGCAAUGUAUCUCUUGAAAAGCAACCUGUUGUUCUUGUUGACAGAGAAGACUGGCUCAGUGAAUUAUUUAAAAUAAUGUUUGCAUUAGCUCCAACUUGUCCAUCAGAAGCAAGAAUACCAGGAUUCCCAUAUGCACCUAAGUGCAAAGCUACACUUCCUCCCAGUAUUGUUGCUUUUCAUCAAUGUGUUCCGAAGAUGUCAAGAAUCAUGGGAUUCUCGUCAAGUGAGGGAAUAAACGCAGGAACGUGGUUUGCAGAUGAAACAUCCCUGUUGGAGAGGCCGCUGAGAACACCAUCAGAACUGCUUCUCCAGUUUAAUUUCACAACUCCGUAUGAAGAAAUAGACAAAAAUAUUUUGCAGAGGAUGUUUGCACUAGCACCCACCUGCCCAAGAGAAGCUCGCAUACCUGGUUUCCCCUCUCUGCCUCAGGUUAAAGUGGACGGUUUCUAUCUCCGUAAAGAACCAGAUGUAGUCAGCCUUUUGCAUUCUUGCCCCAUGGUUUCUUUUAUUGUAGGUGUUCCUACAGUAAAAUCUGUGCCUAUAGAAGAGUCUCAAGAAAGCACUAAGAAUCCCAUCUGGGUUAAACCUCUUAAAGAAAGGCCGGUUUUGUCUUUAAGUUAUGCAAAGGAUACUGAAGAAUAUUCAAAAGCCAUGUUCUUGCUUGCCCCUACCUGCCCUGAGAAGGCCAGAAAUGAUGGUUUUCCAUGCUUAGAAAGGCUUAAAAAAGAAGAGGGCAUAGUGACAACUGUCUUCUCAGCGUCUCUAGAGGCUCCAAUCUCUGCAACCGAUGAAGCAGGAGUCAGUAACCUGGUAACUGAAGUGCCAUGCUCCCCAGCUGAAGCAAGGCUUCCUGAUUUUCCAGAUGUUUCUACAUAUGCAGUUUCUCCAUCAAGUCUAACUCAAGAACACACUAAACUUGAAGCCAAAUUUACCCAAUACAUAGAAUCAGAAAGAAAUCAAAUGCUGGAUACAACAGGGCCUGAUAAUCCCAAAGAAAUAGGAUGUUUUCAGGAGAUGCCCUUGGCUGAAGAUAGUAUUGAAAACCGUGAAGAGAAGUGUUUUCUGGAAGAGCAACAUGUUGGGGAGCAACCUGAUAGUAAAACUCACGAGACCACAGAGCCUGGAGAGACUGCUAUAGCGUUAGGAUGGGAAGUUUUGGAAGCAGAUGAUACGUCCACCGAAAAAAGAAGGAUCUUCUGGUCUUGUUAAGACAAUAGUUGAUGUCUUUCACAGAGGUUAUGAGACAGUUGCAGCAAUAUUGCAGCCCUCUAGCUCUGGAUCAGUCACAGACACGGAAACUUUAGAUCCUCUCGAAAGUCUUUCAUCCUCCGUGGAUCCCGAGGACAGCGGUACUGGCAUGGCCACUGGAUGUGAUCAUUCAUUGG